AUGGUGGCUAGCUUCAGGUACCUAGGACAUAUUCUCACUGAAGAUUUGACGGAUGAUGCUGAUUUGGAAAGAGAACGAAGGGCAUUGGCGGUGCGGGGUAAUAUGAUCGUUCGGAGAUUUGCGCGUUGCUCGGUGGAAGUAAAAAUACUUCUGUUUAAGGCAUACUGCCAAUCUUUUUACGCAAGUAGCUUAUGGGUGAGUCAUACUCGGCGGGCCGCGGAUGUCAUUAGAGUUCAGUACAACAAUGUGUUCAGGAUGCUGUUGCGGCUGCCUCGGUACUGCAGUGCUUCUGCUAUGUUUGCGGAGGCGCGCACUGAUGGCUUUCAUGCAAUUAUGCGGAAGAAAGUCGCUUCUAUUUUCAUGCGUGUGAGGGGCAGUAGCAACGGCAUCCUGAAGAUGAUUGCUUCACGUGCGGAUUGCCCAAUACAGCGGAGAUGGAUGGAUAUCGUGUUGGGGCUGUAG